UCACGGGCAGAAAGACUUCUUGUGCUCUUUUAAAGAGACCUCAAGUCAAGGCUUCACCAACCCUGAGCAAUUCUCUCCCAAAACCUGUACUCAUUAUGAGAGGGAUUCUAUACCUAAUGGUCCCAAUGAAUGGACUACUCGCUGGCUUUGUUGAGGGGAAUCAAGACUGCACUUCAUGUUACCAGUUGGACAUUGGAGUGGCUAUUGGGAUCAUCACUUGUGACAUCAUCCUCACACUCCUCAUUGCUCUCUCAGUCUAUUGUUUCAUUUCCCAUCAGAAAAGAAGAGGCAGUUUACAUACACAUGCCAGGUGCUGUGGGUCAGGUAAAGCAAAAACUCACCAGCCAUCAAUGAGGCCAAAGACGAUUGAAAUGGAAUCACCUUAUCAGGAACUUUAUGGAGUCCAAUCAGACAUAUACAGUGAUCUUCAGCAGUAUCGGAAAUGAGGUGACCAUGUGAAAUAAUGUUAAUCGUGAGUCGUGUGAAAACUUAAGAAUAUUUGGAGGUUGCAUACGUUUCUAAACUGCCUGUCACAAAUAUGUAUUUGGUAUAAAUA